AUGACAGUGGCAGCAUACCUACCACAGUUUGAAAAGACAAUGUUUGAGGCAGGUGCAGGGUCCUGGCCAGAUGACGCAAAGAUAACGACCUUGGUGGGUGGUUUAAACAAAUACACUAGACAACGAAUCGAUGGACAGCUAAGUCUACCAACGGACUAUGAUGGAUUUACAAGAAUGCUCCAAACUCUCGGCAAUCAAUUUGGACCAUCAUACAGCAACGGCAAUGGCAAUGGCAACAGCAAUGGCAGUGGUUAUAACAAUGCAAUGGAAUGGGAGCCAGUCAAAACAGCAGCAGCUAGGACUGCUCCAGCUAUCUCACGGGAGCAACGUCAAAAAUGGAGAGACAAUGGCAAAUGUGUACGAUGUGGAUCUGGCGAGCAUUGGGUUGGUUCCUGCAAAUAUAAGCCAACUCGGAGUCGAUCUUCCUCGUUUUCUUCAAUGUCAUCAGAUGACGAUGAUAACAAUGGCAAACUAAGGAUUAGCGCUAGUACAGUACAGACUAGCCUUCCAAGAACAACAGCAAGGUCAGAACAAUUGGACAAGGAAAAAUAAUUGAAUAUUGAACCCACACCUUUGAGUUGUUCGAGGUCUGGCCUCUCACAGAACUCUACUAAGUAGUAUUAUUAUAUAUAAGAGAAAGGUACUUAAACUCUAAUUUAUCUAAUCUAUUAGAUUCUAUUCUCUUAAUCUUCUUAAAUUAUCCAUAGUAUUAA